AUGGGUAUAUACAACAAGCUGGCGGAUGGCAUCGACGAGGUGGACGUAAUCAUCGCGGGAGGCGGCACCGCAGCAUGCGUCGUCGCCGGGCGUCUCGCGGCCUCGGACCCGGACCUCUCGAUCCUCGUCAUCGAGGGCGGCACCAACAACCGCGACGUGCCCAACGUCGUCCACCCGGCCUUCUUCCUCGAGCACCUCGCCCCCGAGAGCAAGACGGCCAUCUUCUACCAGGGCAACAAGUCCGACAAGCUCGCCGGCCGCAGUCCCAUCGUCCCGGCCGGGGGGAUCCUCGGCGGCGGUUCCUCGAUUAACUUUAUGCUCUACACCCGCGCCCAAAAGUCCGACUUCGACUCCUGGCGCACGCCGGGUUGGUCCGCCGCCGACCUGCGGCCGUACCUCAACCGCUUCGAGACGUACCACGGCAACGGCGACGCCGCGCACCACGGCUCCUCCGGCCCCGUCCACAUCUCGUCCGGCGGCUUCCGCGUCACCGCCGCCGAGGACGACAUCCUCGCCGCCGCGAGACAGACGGGCUACCCCGAGAUCCGCGACCUGCAGAACCUCGAGGCCAACAACGGCUACGAGCGCUGGAUGCGCUACGUCUCGCCCGACGGCCGCCGCCAGGACGCCGCGCACACCUUCCUGCACCCGCUGCUCGAGGACGGCCGGCACCCCAACCUCCACGUGCUCGUCGAGUCCAAGGUCAUCCGCGUGCUGUUCGACGACCGGAAGCGCGCCGUCGGCGUCGAGUACACCCCCAACCCGGACUACCAGGCCGUCCUGAACACGACCAAGCAGCCCGUCCGCCGCGUGCGCGCCAGGAAGAUGGUCGUCGUCUCGUGCGGCGCCUGCGGCACCCCCGGCGUGCUCGAGCGGUCCGGCCUCGGCGACAAGAGAGUCCUCGACAAGGCCGGCGUGCCCGUCGUCGCGGACCUGCCCGGCGUCGGACACGGCUACCAGGACCACAACCUCGUGCUCAUACCCUACAAGACGGCCCUCAAGCCGAACGAGACGCUCGACGACAUCUUUAGCGGGCGCAUCAGCCGCGAGGACGCCAUCGCCGGCAAACACGAGAUGCUCGGCUGGAACGGCGUCGACAUCGUCAGCAAGAUCCGCCCGUCGGACGAGGAAGUCAAGGCUCUGGGUCCCGAGUUCCAGAAGGCGUGGGACAGGGACUUCAAGAACGACCCAAACAGGCCCGUCAUGCUCAGCGGGUUCCUACACGCAUACCUCGGAGACCACGCCGCCAUCCCCCAGGGCCAGUACACCACCGUCGCCAACUACACGGCCUACCCCUACUCCCGCGGCAGCAUCCACAUCACCGGCCCCUCGCUCGCGGACCCUCUCGACUUCGAGACGGGCUUCUUCAGCGACCCGCACGACCUCGACCUCAAGAAGCAGGUCUGGGCCUACAAGCACUCGCGCGAGGUCGCCCGCCGCACCGCCCUCUACCGCGGCGAGGUCGCCGGCGGCCACCCGUCCUUCCCCGCGGGCUCCAAGGCCGCGCUCGUCGAGCAUGUCGCGCCCGGCGCGCACAGGAGCGUGACGGCGCCGCUCGAGUACUCCAGGGAGGACGACGAGGCCAUCGAGCAGUUCCUGCGCGAGAACAUCAACACGACGUGGCACUCCCUCGGGACCGCCAAGAUGGCGCCGCGCGCCGACCUGGGCGUCGUCGACUCGUCGCUCAGCGUCUACGGCGUCGAGGGGCUCAAGGUCGUCGACCUGAGCAUCGUGCCGGAGAACGUGGGCGCCAACACCAACAACACGGCCUUCGUGGUGGGCGAGAAGGCGGCGGAUAUCAUUGCCAAGGAUUUGGGCAUCAACAUUCCCCCGAAGCUGUAG